GGAAGAAAUAACGCAUCUUAGCUCACUCCACCGUCAAUAGUGCAUCAAGCAACAAAGCUCCUUCCGUCUGCAUUCUCCAAGCUCGGAUCAUCUCUCCAUGGCCACCACCAAAAACGCAAACACCGAAGAGGCCGAGUCCGAACUUGAGACGAAUAUCCGCCAGCUCUUCGAUAGGAGUGUAUCCAACGUGCAAUACCAUUCCUCUAGGAUCCAAGAGGCGUACCUUGUCCCUGCCUACGAACGUGCCAAAGUGUUCAGCCAGGUCUACCCUGUAUUAUCUUUGUACAUAGCAAUUAAUGCUGCACUCGGCUUCUUCCCUGUUACAACCUUCCUGGGUGCUUCUAUUUUCACCUUAUCUGCUUCCGUAUCCUUCGCAAUAGUUGUCGCCCUUGCUUUCAGUGCUCUCGUAAUCGGACUCUUCGCUUUAGUUCUCUUCUUCAAACUCUUUUCAAUCGCCUUGCUCUCCAUCCUUCUGACUUUCUCCGCUCUGGGUGUAUAUCAAUUCACCAAACUCGUCGAAAACGUCCGCGCCCGUCCGACUUGGGGCGCUGGUUUCAACGCCUGGCUAUCUCAGUUAUACGAUUUCAUAUACGACAGGUUCCCUAACAAGAAGUCCCGGGAUGAAAAUGUGGCGCACGGAAAAGUCGAAGUGCACGAGAACCUUCCGCUAACUGACGGUCCGCACCACAUCAAUUGGGCAGACCAACACGUCCUCCUGUCAGAGAAAGACGUACACAUCGUUCGACCGGAUCAACAUAUGAACAUGCGCAUGCCUAUCGUGAAGACCGAGAACAACGCAAUAAUGGAAUAAUGGGAUAUGAGAACCUACCUAUGAUAGAAGCUUUU